AUGGGCAACUCUACCAAUGUGGUUUACCACAUUCGUGUGUUGUUGCUGACGGUGGCGUUUCUCACUGGAGCUUUCAUCUUUGCGGAUUCCAUGCUUUCCAAGAAGGUGUUGCUGUCGAAUAUGUCGACCGAAGUUUGUCGUGGAAUGCGGACCGUGGACCAAGUUGUGAUUCUUCUAAUUGAUGCGUUGCGGCCAGACUUUGCCUUGCCGGCGCUCUCUGAGUAUUACUCCACCGGAAAUGACUGCAACGCCUCCACCACGCGCGGCGUGGGUGUCUUCCAAAGACGCAACACGACGUUAACAUAUGUUGAAGGCAAAUUGAAAGACAUGACACAUCCAUCGCACGGCUUUUUCUUUUUGGCGGAUACGCCCACCGUGACGUCCCAACGGAUGAAAGCAAUGAUGACAGGGACGGUGCCGGCAUUUUUUGAGCUGAAGGCAAACCUCAACACGGAAGCCGUAGAAAGUGACAGUUUGUUGCAUCAGUUGCGCCGCCGCUCGAUUCUCCUUGGCGACGACACUUGGCUGAAUAUGUUUCCCGACGACGACGACGACACGACGCCGUGGAAGCGCACCCACGCCAGUCCGCCGUACAACAUCUCGGAUUUUGAAACGAAUGACAACAAUGUGACGAAAAAUAUACUGCCAACGCUUCUGUCGGAAACAUUGGAGAAGGCGCCGUCGGAUUACGCGAAGCUUAUCAUUGGCCACUACUUGGGUGUUGAUCACGUUGGCCAUCGUCAUCACGCCGACCACCCUGAAAUGGAUCGGGCACUUGCACGAAUCGACGCGAUGGUCCAUAAUUUGACGCACUUCAUGCGUCAUCAACGCAAAACGCGCAUGAGAACGUUGCUGCUUCUCUUUGGGGACCAUGGCAUGACAAACGCCGGUGAUCACGGCGGAGAUCUUUCAGGAGAUGAGACGUC